CUUCCUUCAUAGAGUAAUCUGAGAUCAAAGGAGCCGAACUCACAAGUGAUCACAGUAUGUCUGACUUAAAGCUAUUGUGAGUUGUAACAACAUGGUAGCAACAAAUAUUCAGGUGUGUGUUUCACAAAAAUAAUUAUAUAUACAAUUUUCUUUUAAUAGAUUAUGCUCUUUGAAAUAACAUCCCCCAACAGACAAUAAUAUUGCAUGUGACUGCAACAUGGAAUUUCAAAUUUCAGAAGAGGACUCGAUUCAUGUUUUGCUAAAUAGAUCUCAUAUAUACUUCAAUCUCUUACCUUGAAUAUAACAAACAAAUUAGCAUACUAGUCUGAUCAACUUUAUCCAAGUUCACAAGACCAGGAUUAAUUAGGAUUAGAGAUCAGUACCAAUAUAGCUCAUAAAAAGCAUCUACCAAAAUCAUCUGAAUAACAUGAUCUUCAAUGCCGAAUCAGCAGCCAAUCAUUCUGCAUAUCAAUACCACCAACUAUUCCGGUUGAGCGUCUUCAGAGUAGUUUCAAAUAAACCAGAUCGACUCAUCAACUUGUGAGAACCAAAUUUGGAUGCAUUCUUGUUUUCAGGCUCCGUCAAUUUAUCAUACACAGAUUGUACUGUCUCAGUGAUUUCAUUGCUCAUAUCAUCUGAUUUGAUUAUUCCCCACAGGCUAUCGGACACCUUGGUCAUCAUGCAUUCCUAGCAAUCACAAACAAAAAGUGGACAUCAGUGGCAACUCUGAUUUGAUUAAUGAACUCUGCAAUAAGACCUACAUUACAUACAAGAAUAAUUGAGGAACCAACCAACUGAAAUUAAUAGCAACUUUGAACACUAAAGUAACCAGGUGACAAAAGCCCCCAUACGGGAAGUUAUCCUUAGAUAUAGCAGACUUGUAAUCCCUGAGUAGCUGCAUUUAAAAUUUUUAAGUUUUCCAUUCAGAGAUGUAAUGAAGACUUAACCCAACCUCAUCAAAAAUAUGUCUUGGCUUCAUAUUUACACCGCUAUCACGCUCUAGAGCAGCUGACUGUCGCAUGAUGGCGAUAAUGCCGCUUCGGAAUUCUUCCUGCCAAUAAAGCUCUUCAUCAGGAAAAAGUGUUGCUGGUGUAGUAAAAUUCACACAUACAAGAACCACGUGAGUUGUUAUUCUCUUGUGUUCUCUCUUUUGAGCAAAAUGUUGAUCUUAUUGUUGUAGAAUUUGAUCUCAUGAUACUUGAUAGCCCUGUUAUGAAAGUUACAGACUUUUCCUAUGUAGCACCGUUCUACAAGCACCACGGCAAAUCUCCCCAAAAGAAGUCCUCGAAACCUAAGCACUUCGAGCAGUUGAUGCACCUAGUCAUAGAAUGCAACAUGCAAUAAAUCUUGCGACAUUGAAAGAACUCUACUGAAGGAAAUAAGGAACAUUCCCCCCAGUCAUGAUCAGUGACUCCAUAGACAAAACAUUUCCCCUCUCUCUACUUCAAAAAAGGAAAGCCAGCACCCCUCAUUUGAGCUUCAAAAAAACCCUUAGCAUCUUGUUGUUUUUUCUUUUAAUACAAGAAAUGUCUUCAACGAGCGAAACCCCACAUAUCAAAUCCAAGGCUAAGUUCCGACAAUGCAAAUAGAAGGAUAAUCCGACUAUUCAGCCACAUAUCGAAAUUUUCAAAUCGCAUGCUCAAUUGUCAAAUCAAAUCGAAGGAACAAGGAAGAAACAGAGACGGGAAAACGGAAAACCACACAAGAAAAAGAGAAAAAAGGGCUUCGUUGUGGAGGCGUCUGAAUCAUGUUUCAUACAUUGUCUUUGAGCUUACGGAUGAUUUUGAGGUGGAGACUGUCGAAAUCACCGUCGUCCUUGAGCUUGGCAAUCACAUCGUCUUUGCUUUACUCACUUAUUCUUCUUCAGUUGUUCGCUGUUGAUGCCGGCCUCCAUUGUUGUCGCUUUUCGAUUUACAAAUAUUUCCUCUCUUGUUUUUAGAUUAUAGCUUUUAUACUAAAGAAAAAACAUAUGCAAACCCUAUUUUCGUCUCAAAAUUGGUUAAUUUAUUGACAACAAGGAAAGAUCAAAAGAGAGUAUUCCCCAACCUUCUCUAUUUUCCCUCCUGACAAACCUACUUAGUUGCUACAGGCAAGCAAUUUAGUACAAUUGAGGUGGGAAAGAAAUUACCCUUGAAGAAAGUUGGGAUGGAAGAGUAACCAUUUUUGUGGAGAAUGUUAAAUGUUUAAUGUUUCGUUUUCCUCUCUUUUAAGUAAAACACAUAAAUUUCCUCUAAAUAGAUCCAUCUUUCAGUUUUAUGAUAUUUUAUUGUCCAAACUCAUGUACAACUACACACAAGAAGUCCAAAUAUCUUAUUUGUUUAGUGCAAAGUUUACUUCAUCUUCUAUUCACAACCAACCGAGCUUCGGAGAGCACCUGUAAAUCAUACAUAGUUCAAUGACACAUAACAGGAUUACUUACAUAGUUACAUGUAUGAUGUGCAAACCAAAACAGUGUAGAAUGCUCUCGACCAGUAAAUAGUCUGCACACUUAUUACACUCUCUAUAAUUGUGGGAAAUAUCUACUUCUCAAUCUCUGUCCAUCAGCUCAAAGAAUCUUUGAGUAAUUGCUGAGUGCUGAUAAUUGCUUCUAUCGGUGCUAGCGGGCAAUUGGACUGCACAUCGAGAAUCCAUCAAGACUCGAACUCAUGCCAACCAAAGUCUCAUCUCAUGCCUCUCAACUCUGUCCGGGUAAAUGGAGCAUCUACCGAAAUUCAUGUGCACACUGCUAAGCAACGUCUUGUGUGAUCUCUGAUCAGACCCUCUAACUACUCUCUGGCCUGUAAGAAAAUGUGCAGAGCCGUCUUGAGUUGAUUCCCUGACAUUCUGACAUAAUAAUGUAAUCGUUAAAAAUGUCAACUCUUCUUAAUCUUGGAGUUCAAUUAAAGGCGAGCCCCGCCCAUUUUCAAGCGGACCCCAGGACAGGAAGGUGUCAAGAUCAAUGAAAUUCCAUAUACAACAGCAAACUCACGGGAGCAAGUUCCAAUUGUCUAAAAAAAUAUGGCAGUGGGAUCCUAAAUAUCGCAUAUAAUGCGGCCGGCGGGAUCUCAGCCGUCCCAAAUUCGAAGAGCAUUCUCGCUUUUACCUCCAACCACAACUGAACCAUCAAGUGAAGUGACCCAGUCCAGUGAUUCCCCCGGCAGCUGGAAUAUCCCCAAAGGACAACCAAAACCAAGUCCCGGACCCAGCUGCCGCCCGGAAUAAGGCAGCACCGUCUGUUUAUCGCCAUAGGGAUACGCCGGCCAAGCUUUCCAUGUUCUACACUAUAUAAUCAAGUAUCACAGCACCUCACUUCCUCAACACCAACCAAAUAUGCAACCACGAGCAACAAUGCCUGCCGCCACUUGUUCUCUUUUGCUUCUCUUCUACUUCUUCACCUUCCACAUUGCCCAAACCGCAGCAAACAACGAUCUGCAGACCUACAUCAUUAACAUCGGUGAACGCCAAGGCAGGACCUUGGCAGAAUCAGACGAUGUAGAGACUUGGUACCGCUCGUUCCUACCAACAACAACAUCCUCCACCACAAUGACCACAGCCAGUUCAGAUAGCGAUCACCAGCAGCAGAAGGAGAAGGGAAACGACCGUCUGCUCUACGCUUACCAUGACGUGAUGAGCGGAUUCUCGGCAAGGCUGACACCGUCAGAAGUCAAAGCCAUGGAGGCAAAAAACCACUUCAUAUCAGCACGACCCGAAAGAUCACUCAAGCUACAGACCACACACAGCCCCAAGUUCUUGGGGCUCCAACAGCGGCAAGGUGUCUGGAAAGACGCCAACUUUGGAACCGGGGUGAUCGUUGCAGUACUCGACGGCGGAGUCCUGCCUUCCCACCCUUCGUUCAGCGGCCAUGGCAUGCCCCCGCCGCCAGCCAAAUGGAAAGGGAAAUGCGAGUUCAGCGACUCGUCGCUCUGUAACAACAAGCUGAUCGGUGCGAGGUCUUUCAACUUAGCAGCCAAGGCGAGAAGCAAUGGGACGGCACCUGAUGAACAACCGCUUGACAUCGAUGGUCAUGGAACUCACACGGCCAGCACAGCUGCCGGUGCUUUCGUCAGCAAUGCUGACGUUCUUGGAAAUGCUAGAGGGACAGCAGCUGGAAUAGCACCUUCUGCUCAUCUCGCCAUUUACAAGGUCUGUUUUCCGGAUGGGGACCAGGACUGCGCAGAAAGCGAUAUACUCGCUGGGAUGGACGCUGCAAUUCACGACGGAGUAGACGUGAUUUCCAUAUCCAUUGGAGAUGAUCCCGGUACGCCGCUUUUCGACGACAUUAUGGCCGUCGGCUCGUUCGCCGCCAUUGAGAAGGGGAUAUUCGUGAGCUGUUCCGCUGGUAACUUUGGGCCAACGAACAGCACGUUGUCCAAUGAAGCUCCAUGGAUUCUAACCGUUGGAGCGACCAGCUUGGACAGGAUGCUCGUUGCUACGGCAAAGCUUGGAAACGGUGCGGUGUACAAGGGCCAGUCCGUUUCCCGGCAGAAAAACAGUAAGCAGUCGGAAAAACAACUGCCGCUCGUGUUCGCCGGUGCUGGCCGCCUCUCGAAUUCGUCCUUGUGUGGUGAAGGAGCGCUCGAUGGCCUUGAUGUGAAAGGAAAAGUUGUUCUCUGUGAGAGAGGCAUCGUGGGGAGAAUUGCAAAAGGCCAAGUGGUGAAAGAUGCAGGCGGGGCAGCCAUGAUCCUCAUGAAUAAAGAGAUAGAUGGGUUCAGUACACUAGCCGAUCUCCACGUUCUUCCAGCUACACACGUCAGCUUUGCUGCCGGGGAGAAGAUCAAAGCUUAUGCAAACUCGACUAGGUGGCCAACUGCAACGGUUGUGUUUAGAGGAACUACCUUGGGGGACACGUCGACACCAGCUCCGGCCAUGCUUUCAGUCUCGUCGAGAGGCCCUGCAACAGAGAGCAAAGGGAUUCUGAAGCCAGACAUCGUGGGUCCAGGUGCAAACAUUAUAGCAGCUUGGCCAUUCUCUCUAGAGAACGCAACAGUCACUGCACCAACCUUCAACGUGAUGACAGGGACAUCAAUGUCUUGCCCUCAUCUAAGUGGAGUUGCAGCAUUGCUCAAAGGCUCCCACCCAUCUUGGUCGCCGGCAGCCAUAAAGUCUGCCAUGAUGACUACUGCAGAUGUCACGAACAUUGCCGGAAAGCCAAUUGUUGAUGAGAAACAUCAGCCUGCUGACGUCUUUGCCAUUGGUGCAGGGCAUGUGAAUCCAACAAAGGCCAACAACCCAGGUUUGAUAUACGACAUUAAACCCGUUGACUACAUGUCGUAUCUGUGUGGGUUAGGGUACACAGACCAGCAAGUUGGGAAGAUUGUUCGUAGACAGAUCAAAUGUGCAGAGCAAGAGAAGUUACCAGGAGGGCAGCUGAACUAUCCUUCAUUCUCUGUCACACUUGGACAUUCUCAGACAUUCACCCGGACAGUGACCAACGUUGGAACAGCUAGUUCAGUUUAUGCAGUGAAGAUUAAUCCUCCAUCUGGAGUUUAUGUCACGGUCAAACCUUCAAUCCUCAGCUUCUCCGACAUGAACCAAAAGGCUACAUAUGCUGUCACAUUCACUCGUGCUAGAAAUAACACUGCAAUCCGACCAUUUGCUCAAGGGUAUAUAGCAUGGACUUCUGAUAAAUACUCUGUCACGAGUCCAAUAUCGGUGACAUUGCAGUGACAAAAUAUGCAGAAGAAACCCUAUCCAUGCCAAGUCACAAUUUGUAUUACUACGUAAAGCUUCGAUUGAUGUUGAAUUCGACUCAAAUCUCCUGCAAUUUAUCUUAAGUAACUUUCUUAAUGAAACAAGCAAGGUUUG